AUGAGCGGUCCCUAUCAACGGCCAUCAAAUGGAAGCAACAUUCUUGAGCAACACGCCAUGAGGCCGGCAACAACAGCCGACCCAUCUAAUUGUGUUGUCAACGAUCAGGUAACCCGACGAGAGCAUGAAAAUAUUUGAACUAAUGUCGUUUCGCCCACUCAAUUUUUUUCGUUUUCACCCACCCAAACACAUAAACUGACAAUACUUUAUUUUUUGAAGGAAUCAUCGAUUAAUGGCAUCCUGCACAACGAUAGCAUCCAGAUGCAACAGCAGAAUAUGAUGGGCAUGCAGAAGAACUCGAUGCAACAGAAUCAAAUGGUCUCGAACAAUGUGAUAAAAGCGGGAACUUCACAGAGACUUCCACCGCUCACAUUGAACACCAAUAAGCUUGGAAGCAACUCGGUUCGGAGCCAGAACAUAGGGAAUCAGUCAAUUAUGCGUUCGGGUGCGAUGCAGAUGGAACGUGCGCAGCAGCCACAACAAUUGGCCCAACGGACGUACGAUCAGACGACGACAUGUCAAAAUAAAGGGCCGUCAAUGACAAUGAAGGAGCAACUGUUCGGUCAACAGUCGUUGAACUUGCAGCCAAUGGGUCAACCGCCUCGGAUGAACACUCCGGUGCUCGGUCAGCAGCACAUCGGUCAGCAGAACAUGCAGCAGCCUCAACAUGUAGUCUACCAACAGAACCCACAGACUCAGAAUUCGAAUGUGAAUCAGCUGAACCAGACAGGAUUGAUGCAGCAACAGCAGACGUCGAACAACCAUCUCUCAAUGAGUCAAUCUCAAAUCCAGACUGGCAAUCGGAUGAUGUCAUCAUCGUACCAAAUGUCGCAGACGCCGGAGCAAAUGCAUCAUUUGAGCCAUAUGGACCCUUCACCCACUCAACAUUUCAUGAACUCGGUAGGCGUUUUGUUUUGAGCUCGCCGACUAGGUCAUAUCCGAAUUUCACAACCUGUUUUUCAGAACCUACAAGUUCAAAUGCCACAACAUUCGAGUCAGAUGAACAGCAGUUCCAAUCAGAUGGGUGGCCAAAGUCAAGUUCAGUCGCCAUCGAAUAUUUCCUCUGCUUCGUCCACUGGAUCCCCAGCCAGACUUCCGUCUUUGACGUUUGGCAAUAUAAACUCUCAAACGGUCGGUCAAGCAGUCAGUCAAGGCAACAUUCCGAUGAAUGCCAGUACAACCACUCAACUUUUGAUGGCUCUGAAUAAUAAUUCUCCAAUUACUGCUGAGCAGCUGCAGGAGAUUCAGAGCAUGACAUGUCUUGCUCCGGAUGGCACUGAGGUAUUUUUUGGCAUUUUACAUUUCUUCUUCCUAUUUGCUAAAAGCAUUGCUUUCAGAUGCUACUCAUGCAAGAGCCACGGCUCAAACAGUAUUCCUCGUUGAAAGAAAUGUCCACAAACGAUCUCAGAAUCGAAUGCAAAAAGAGAGCCCUCUCCUCCACCGGUAACAAUUUCUCAUUUCUUCCUCAUAACAUUCUCGUUCCAGGUACCAAAGUCCGUUUGAGUGAACGGCUGGCCGAUUUCGAAAGGGAAGUGCUCGACGAAAGGAACCAUCAACUGUUAAAAGAGUACACUCAUCGGCAGCAAAUGUACGAGGCGCAGGCGGCCACCCUGAAAGCGUUUCAAGCCAAGAAAGCUGCUCUGCAAGUUCAAAGGUACGUCACACUCUUGCUCAGCAACUGCCAUUUGUUUUUGAUCAGCUGCGAAGCGAUCAGAAAAGAGGGUGGCCAUUUGACGUCACACGUAGUUGUGCUCAUCCGAAAUGUGUUGGCAUGUCACCUCCACCCCCGAAAACAAAAAUCAUAUAUACGAAUAGAAGUGCAACUUUUUUUCAGCUGUCGAGCUCAGAACUUUGAGGCUCAAGUCGUGUCGUCCAACGAGAUCUCCAGUACUACUCAGCCCAUGUCAGCGAUUGCCGAACAAACGGAUGGACCUCCGGCAAAGAAGAAGAGGAUCACAAAAUCAAAGAAAGCCCAACAACAACAAGAGAAGCAAAAGGUACGAUCAAUCUUCUCCUGAGUUUUAGUUCUGGUGUGUAGUUUGGUUACUUGGCAUUCUAUUUGUGCGUGGCGCAACGACGAUUCUUUGAUUUUUGUGUAACUGAGCCGAGUUGUCAACACUUCCGCCAACUGGUGAGGGCUCUCAUAAAUCAAGAAUGGCCUCUGGCCAUCGCCGUUUUUUGAUCCUGUUAUCCGUUUUUCCAAAACUUCUGCUGCUCAUCUUCCCUCUUCACUUUUUGCUGAGACAUGUCGUUGAGUUGACUUGUCAUUUAUCAAUCAGCACUCUCCGUUCUGAAACCUAUGCUUUUGCGAGAGACAGAGAACGGCAUCGUUGCCGUCAUUAUAGGGCGGCGACGGCGGCAGAGACGGAAAACAACAAAUAGAUUCUGUAAGCAAAGCGCGUCCGACGAGACACUGCCGCCGCAUCAAACAAGCACGACAGUUGUUGCUUUAAAACCGUGAACGUGUGCAAGUAGCAGUGCAUCGGUUCGCUUCGGGUUAUUAGUGAGCUCAAAUACGAGCUGCCAAAAAUCAGACGAGACAAAAAACAUCUGUCACCGAGAAGUUUGGAAUGUGGGACUGAGAAGUGACACGGGAACAUAGAACUUUUCGGUUUUGCAGGGACAAGUGAACACCAUUCUCGACGCUACGGAGCCGCUGAGCACAAACACCAACAACGGAGGAAUGGUGAACCUUAUCGAGUUUGGCAACAAGUACUGCCUGGACCAUUGUGAAUCAUUUCCAACUUUUCUCGUUUCAGUCAACCUUCGAUGAGCCUCAAUUCCAAUGGGAUCACUCAAAAUGACCAGACCAACACCUCUUCCAACAUUUUCGGCAACCUCAAUCAACCGGGAAGCGGAUUUUUUAUAAAGGACAACAGUUGUUUCUCGCAUCUCGGAUCUGGCUGUCGAGUAAGAGACCAACCUUGCAAAACACUUAAGAAGAUGUUUAGAUCAUUUCCGCCAACAGCAGCAGCGUUAGCAGCGAAGACAGCCAGGGAAAUAUGUUUGGCAGCUCGGGAAGGGUGUUCCAGACUUCUGUGCCAUCGGGAGACAAUCAAGUGCAAUAUCAGCAGAGCGAGCAGCAUAACUUCGGGCUGAUUGACCAAACUCAAGUGCAAAGUGAUGGACAGAAUCGUCCGAUGAGUUUGAAUCAACGUAUGCAAAUCUCGGAGUGAGCGGAGGGAAUUGGUGACCGUUUCAGAACAAACAAUUAGCAACCAGAAUUUGAACAACAUUCACCGUGAGCCAAUCAACUCCAACGUCACCAAUGUUUUCAAUAUGCCCAUCCAACAACAACAGCAGCAGCAAGCUCAGUUCAUUCAACAGUCCCAGCAGAACUUUAUGAAUUCAUUGCCACAGAAUGGGUAGGUCCAUCAAAAAGUUGGGUUGAAUUUGGUGCUGAAUGAAACAUGCUUGCAGAUUCUAUGACUAUCCGCAUUGGAUUGAUUACUCACAAUACUGCCCACAGUUUUAUUAAUCCGUAUCUUAUUUUUCUUCUAAUAUCUAUCUAACCCCGUUUUUAUGUGUUGUGUCCUAUUUGUUUAUGUUGUGUUAUCUGAGUUCCAAUAACAUUUUUUAAUAAAAUUUAUUUGCGGUUUUUUUGUUUGCUAUGUUUCCGGAUGAAUCUAAACAGGCAGGUUUACAGUCUACAAGGUAGUCCUUGUGUGGCCGACCAAGCGGGACCAUCUCCAAACAUGCCAGUCAGUGAGUCAACAGCUACUCUUUCCGAAAGCCCUGCUAUUGUCACUUCUGUUACCGAGCAUCAGAGCACAGACGUUGCCGCCGAAUUAAUGGAUCUUGAGACGAUGCAAAAAUUGUAAGUUUUUGACCGGAGCGUGGCGUGAACAGUUUUCCCCAGACCCCAGACACAAUUUUUAAUGCUCAGGAAUUCCUUGUAAUCCGUCUGGAAUUUGCAGGUUGUCACCGGCGACUUUGCGUGCUCGAGAGGAACUUCUGACUCAACAGCAGACGAAAAUAAACGAGCUGGUCAAACUGAUUCAGAAGAAUCAUGAUACACUUCGAGAACAGCAGCUUCAAAUUAAUUUAGCCAAGAAACAGCAGAAAUUGAGACAAAGACAGAAUGCUCCGCCGAUCGAUAAGCAUGUGAACACUAGGUGUCUUCAGCACGCCAUCAAAAGCCGUCAGGAUCUGACCAUUCUGAAUGUACGAUAAAAACCCUUGGAGACCUGUGGGACCAAUUAAAGUUUUCCAGGAGCUCACAAAGCAGCAAGAUGGCCUCCGGACUGCUGAAACACGACUCAUCGAACAGCUACACAUCAACACUGCGACCGAUGAUAUUGCGAGGUUGAUCAAGCAGGUUUGCAAGUCCCCUAUUACCCGCACACAUUAAAUUUUCAUGUUUAGGACGGCAGAACUGCGCUCGUUAUCGUAUCAUUAUUGCAUGAUUAUCGAACCACGCGAGAGCAGAAUAAUCGAGUGAAACCAACCGUCGACUCGCCGGUAUCCAGUGAUAAGGCCGUUGAAUUGCCAAAGAAGGUAAUCGGCAACGCCUUUCUCUCGAAUAUUUGAUUGUGACGAUUUUUAGAAAGCGCCAGCCAGAAAGAGAAACAACAAUGGCUCGAAGGUGUGUGUGCAGAACAAGAAGAGUCCGCAACAACCGGAUAUUGAAGUGGUUCGAGUCGUUCAGCCGCAGACUAAUCAGACGUCCUCUCAGCAGAGAAAUCAGCAAUUCUUGGAGUUCCCGCAACCUCAAGUUCAGCCUAGGGCCAAAACACAGUCCGAUGUCGACAUGGAGGCUAUUUUCAAGACUGUCAUUGAUGCUUCUCGCAACUCGCAGCCGCUGAAGCCUGUCGAGGCUCCACAAAAACCGCCACCACUCGAUAAUGAAGUGAUGUCCCUGCCGUCCGAGGGAUCUUCCCCAACACAUGCUCAGAGCCAGAACAGCGUCCAAUCCGGAUAUUCAGACAGUUACAGUACCCAGGGUCUCAUGUUCCAACAGGAUAAUUCUCCUCAAUCGCUCCAAUAUGCUUCCAACCUGAUAAACGGAAACCUUUCAAUUGAAUCUCCGGACAACCUGAAGAACUCCACUCCAAAUGAAUUAAUUCAAAAUCAACUGCAAAGAGUGCUUUCGAAGCAAUCGGAUGAGCUGCUCUCUCAGAUGGAGUCAAACAUCAUGGAACACGAUCUGGAAAGCCAUCAGUUUCAUGACGCCAUUCUGUUCAGCGAUGACUCAAAUCAAGGCUACGUGGAGCAUAACAUUCAGAACAACGGGCUUGAUUUCGAUUUUCCUGACAUUGAUCAGAUGGUAGCAAAUAUCAGAGAAUGUGAGAGAUUUGUCUUAGAAAAAAGAUUUUAUUCAUGGGGUUUUUUUCAGCUGAUCCACUUGACUGCCAACUGGACGACAUUGACUUGACUGCGAUCCUCGACAGCUGGACUGAUCACUGCGACACGAAGCAGAACGGAUUGCACGACAUCGGCCAGGAAGUGAGAAUCCAUCUGGAAUGGUAGCGAAUGAAAAAGUUCUAUUUCAGAGGGAUAUUUGUGACAACAUGUUGUUCACUCAGCACGAUUCCAUGGAUCAAAUGGGUCUUCAGGACGAUCUGAACUGGAAUGACUUCGGCGCCCAUAGCAAUAUCAUCAACCAGGCCUUUGAGCAGUCUCAAAUUUAA